UUCGAUUCUUCUUCUUUUACGUAGAAACUGCUUUUUUCAAAUUAUUUUCACUUAUUCCUCUUUCAAUGGUGUCUCCAUUCAUUCCAAAAAGAAAUGCUUGAAUUACCCUCAAAAGCAUCUAAUCCUCCACAAUCUCUCUCGAGAACAGAGCAGCUCAAACCUUCGGUGCCUUUAAUGGCAGAACAAGAACCCAAGCCUGAGCCCAAAGAAGUUGAAGAAAAUCUGGAGCCUCCUCUCAUUUACAAGACGUGGAUUUUGAAAGUCUCCAUUCAUUGCGAAGCCUGCAAGAGGAAAGUUAAACGAGUUCUCAAGGACAUUGAAGGAGUAUAUGAAACGGAUAUCGAUUUAAAGCAACAGAAAGUUGUUGUGAAAGGUAACGUCGAAUCAGAAACUUUGAUAAAGAAAUUGUUGAAGACAGGGAAGCACGCGGAGCUGUGGCCGGAAAAAGGAAAAAGUAAAGGAAAGUCGAAGAAGAAAGAAAAACACAGCGAUUCCGAAAGCUCCGGCGAAAGCAGCGGCCAUGAAGACGAAAAAGAGAAGGUCAAAUUCGAAGUACAGGAUCCGACCAAAAAUGGAGACCCGACUGGGAAGAUCAUCGACGGCGGCGGCGACAGUCAAGCCAAACAGGCUGGUACUGCACCGACCGGUGAUGGCCAGACCGUCGGCGGUGCAGGUAAGAAAAAGAAGAAGAAAAAGAAGAAGAAGAGCGGCGGAGGAGGCGGCGGAAAUGCCAGCGGUGAAGCUCCCGGUGAUCCUCCAGCAAAUGGAGCGCCACCGUCCGAACCAAAUCCGGGUCACUCCGAUACCGGUCCACAGCCCAUGGCCGGUCCGGUUCAGGUUCCAAUUGUAGUGAAUGAGAGCCCUACACGUCACUAUGUGACUCAGUAUCAACCGCAUUACAUUCCGCACCCAGUUUAUUCAGUGCGGUACAGUACAGCAUACGCCAUGAGUUCUCAGCCACGGCGCGAAUCAUAUUACGCCACGCCGCAACAAUAUUCCUAUGCGUACGUGCAUCCGGGUGUACGACCUGAGAUUGAUUCUCCUCCGUCCGAUUAUGAGCCAUAUUCAUCACAACCGUCUGAUUCGCUCGAGAUAUUCAGUGAUGAAAAUCCGAAUGGGUGCUCAAUUGUGUGAGGAAAUCUUAAAUUUUUGCUCCGAAAUUACCGUAUUGGACACCGUAAGUGCAAGGUCUUUAACUCUUUUAGGAGUAUUUAGAGGGGUAAUUAUGUAAUGUACAGGUGGCUUUUGUUUUGAUAUCGACACAUAUUUCUUAUGCUUAUGCUACAUUUUCAAACGGUUGAACUUGAGAGCUACAUCUAUACAUAGAAAAAAUAAUUACAUUUUGUUAAA